UACCUUUGGGAGUUUUUCUUUCCUCUUUCUUGUUUUUGUUUUGCAAUCACAGCAUCAGUGGCGCCGGGGAAUUGUAAGAAUACGGAAUCAUGUCUUGGGGGGAUCUGUAUCAUCUAUGGUUUUCUGUUGUUUGCCUCUUUUACGCGUUCGUUUUUUGUUUGAACAUACCCGGGUUGCCCAUCGAUGCGCCCACUCGUAUCCUAGUCGCUUUUAGCAAUCAGCCUGCCUCAGGCGAAUGCCAAACACAUGCUCAAAAAAACCUCUUCGUUCUUGCUUUGCAGUAGUGAUGUUUUUUGCUUGCUUUUUCCGCCCGCGGCGAUCGCCCUGCUUACUUGCUUCUGCCGCUGCUGUUGCCUUGGCUGCCCGCCUUCCUCAUCCUGUCAGCCUUGCAUGUUUUUGCCGCCUCUGCUGCUAUAAUUGAAGAUGCUGAUGAAUUCAUGCAUGCAAAGUAAGCCUCGCAUUUUCUCCUACGGAACAUGCCCCUCGCGCCUCGUACCUUGCCUUAGAGGCAUCGAGGCGUCGACGCUGUGCGACCACACCGCCUCACCACCAUCACCAGACGCGGAAGACAUUUCCCCCGCCGGACCGGGCGUCCGAGCAUCCUCAUCAGCAGCAGCAGGAGGAAGGAAGGAAGGAAGGAAGGAGCUCGCGGCACCAGCGCCACCACGACAGGAGAAGACCAUGGAAGGCGAGCCGGAGCCGAGCGUCCGUCCGCCCGCCGACCCGCCCACCCAUCCACCUAUCCGCCGCCUUGGGUGGAGAGGGGGGAAGGGGGGAGGAGAAACAGCGCGCAUUCCACUCCACCGCCGGUUCCUCCUCCUCCUCCUCCUCCACCACCAGCAAAGCAAAGCAGGACUUCCUCCCUUGGGGCGGCGCCGAUCCCCGCACGCCUCCGCGCUGAUCCGUCCCGUCGCAGGAGCAGGUGGCUUGAUGAUGAUGAGUUGGGAGGGGUGCGGUAUUUGCGGCGCUGCGGGUCUACAAAGUGGCAUGCGUUAGCAAGGUGGGUGGGCACGUGUGGAGGGAGGAAUCAGCAUCAACCUAGGGCGUAGGGAGCAGAAGCACGUACGCAGCAGAGCACGCAGGACGCACGCUCGG